AUGCUCCAGCUGCUGGGGCUCCUUUUUGCUGCUCUCUCYUUAGGAAGAUGCAUCCCCCUGCAGGAGGCAUCCCAACGCAGCAAACUCCUCCUGGUGUCCUUUGACGGCUUUCGGUGGAACUACGACCAGGACGUGGACACCCCCAACCUGGACACCAUGGCUGCAGAGGGGGUGAAGGCCAAGCACAUGAUCCCUCCCUUCAUCACCCUCACCAGCCCGAGCCAUUUCACGCUGCUGACCGGGCGAUACGUGGAGAACCACGGGGUGAUCCACAACAUGUGGUUUGACACCAAGACAGGUGCCAGACUGCCCUACUACACCACACAAGGCAUCAGCAGCUGGUGGGACAACGGCAGCAUCCCCAUCUGGAUCACAGCCCAGAGACAGGGUUUGAAGACAGGCUCUGUCUACUUCCCUGGAGCAAGAGCAAAAUACGGAAAGGAGGAAGUGUACAUGAAGCUGGUGGAACCCGCCAUAUUCAACUACAGCAGGGAAAGCAACUGGAGGMAGAACAUCGACACCGUGAUGGAAUGGUUCACGGUGGAGAACCUCGACUUCAUCGCGCUCUACUUCGGGGAGCCAGACUCCACAGGACACAAGUUUGGCCCUGAAUCCACCCAGAGGAAAAACAUGAUCAAGCAGGUGGACAGAACCGUCGGUUACUUGAGGCAGCGGAUCCGGGAGAGCGGCCUGGAAUCAAAGCUCAACCUGAUCAUCACAUCYGACCACGGCAUGGAGACCGUCAUAAAGGAAGACGAGAUCCACAUUGGGAAUGUGAGCAACUUUGCAUUCAAAGACCUCGACUUUGAACUCUUAGAUUAUGGACCCAAUGGACUCCUGCUGCCGAAAGAAGGGAAAUUGGAGCAUGUGUACUCACUUCUGAAAAAUGCCCACCCAAAACUGCACGUUUACAAGAAAGAAGAGUUUCCAAAGAGAUUCCACUACGCCAACCAUUCCCGGAUCACCCCACUYCUGCUGUACGGUGAUCCAGGCUACGUGAUCCAUGGGAGAUACAAGGUCCAGUUCAAUAAAGGGGAGCACGGUUUUGACAACGACGCCAUGAACAUGAAAACCAUCUUCCGUGCCGUGGGACCGGCCUUCAAGAAGGGGCUGGAGGUGGAGCCCUUCGAAAGCGUCAAUGUCUACGCCCUCCUGUGCGAGCUSCUGGGCAUCACCCCCGAGCCCCACGACGGCUCUCUCGAGGUCACCAAGCCCAUGCUGCGUUCGGGUGCGCGUCUCCAGCCCGCCACGAAGCUGCCGCUGAUGUUGGGACUCGCUCUCGUUCUGGGAUGCUGGGGAGGAGUUUUCUAACCCCCAUCAGAGCAAAUGUGUCCAGAGAACCAGCAGGACAGGUAACUCCAGGACAAGUAACUCCUGAUUUAAUUCCCUGGCACUUCCAGCACAGCACACCUCCAGAGGCUGCAGCGCCCUGACCCAAGCUCCAGCAGCGCCGUGCUCUCCUGUCCUGGCAGCCCCACGUUCCAGAACUUGUGGCAAGAUGGGGAWGGACACGGCUCACAAAGACAAUCAGCCCCAGGCUCAGGGAAUUGGACAGAAUUCCCAAAACUUCUCCAAAUUACUGACCCACGCUCCUCCCGUGUGACUGAGUCCCGGGGGAGAUGCCUCUCCCACGGUUUGGGGUGACACCAGGAUGCUCUUUUUGGAAGGUGGCACUGAUGUACAGCCUGACCUUGUCAGGGUCACCCCAUGUGUGCAUCACCCCAACUCGGGAGGCACAACAGCCCCAGUGCGGGUUUGGAGCAGGAACUGCUGAUACCAACUGAGUAUCCAAAUGAAUUAAAAGUAUUUGUUCUGAGCCCCUGCACAAAGCCAAACCCCUGCAAGAGGCAGCCCAGGGUCCCUCAGCCAGGCUGGGGUUUAGGGGACA